CCAGAGUGUGUUUGGGAGACAGAGACUGCUGCUUCUUUGCAAAGCAUUGACUUUUAAAUCUCUUUAAAAAGUGGAGAAAAUCUCAAGAAAAAGUUUGCAGCUUCUGCAGCACUUUGUUCAGGAGCCGUUGCUGGCACAGCAGAGCCCGGUAGACUGGAGGAGAGGGAGGGAUCUGAAGAGGAGUGCCCAGACCGACUGUCUACAACACCGGCAGGCAGCAUGGGUGAAGAGGGGCCUCCCAGUCUGGAGUAUAUCAAGGCCAAGGACCUGUUCCCCCAGAAGGAGCUGGUGAAGGAGGAUGAAAGCCUUCAGGUGCCAUUCCCAGUUCUUCAGGGGGAAGGGGUGGAAUAUCUUGGCCAUGCCGAUGAAGCCAUCAUUGCCAUUUCUAACUACCGGCUCCACAUCAAAUUCAAGGACUCUGUCAUCAAUACCUACCCAGGUGUGGACAAUGAGAUAUCUGUGCCUCUCAGGCUGAUUGAGAGCGUGGAGAGCAGAGAUAUGUUCCAGCUGCACAUCAUCUGCAAAGACUCUAAAGUUGUCAGAUGCCACUUUGCAACAUUCAAGCAGUGCCAGGAGUGGGUGAAGCGCCUGAACAGGGCCAUAGCUCACCCGUCCCGGCUAGAGGAUUUGUUCGCUUUGGCUUAUCACGCCUGGUGUCUGGGAGGCAGCGCCGAUGAUGAAGACCAGCAUGUUCAUCUCUGUCGCCCAGGUGAUCACGUGCGUCAGAGGAUGGAGAUGGAGGUGAAGAGGAUGGGCUUUGACACACAGAACGUCUGGAGAGUGUCAGACAUAAACUGCAACUACAAGCUGUGCUCCAGCUACCCGCAGAAGCUCCUGGUGCCAAUCUGGAUCACUGACAAAGAGCUGGAGAGCGUGGCUUCCUUCAGAUCCUGGAAGAGAAUUCCUGUGGUGGUCUACAGACACCAGAAGAACGGGGCAGUGAUCGCUCGUUGCAGUCAGCCUGAGAUCAGCUGGUGGGGCUGGAGAAACACAGACGAUGAGUACCUGGUGACAUCCAUCGCCAAGGCUUGUCAGAUGGACACUGGAGCCAAGGUCACCUGUGGAGCACCCGCCUGUCGACAGCGAGGGGAAGCUCCCGACUCAUGUGACAGUGAUUUUGACUCGUCUCUGACAGGCGGCUCCGGCUGUGAUGACAACACUGUGCCACAGAAGCUGCUGAUUCUGGAUGCUCGCUCAUACACUGCUGCAGUCGCCAACCGAGCCAAGGGCGGAGGCUGUGAGUGUGAAGAGUACUACCCGAAUUGCGAGGUGAUGUUCAUGGGAAUGGCCAACAUCCACGCUAUUCGAAACAGCUUCCAGGCUUUGAGGACUGUUUGCAGUCAGAUCCCCGAUCCAGGAAACUGGCUGUCGGCACUGGAGAGCACCCGUUGGCUGCAGCAUCUGUCUGUCAUGCUCAAAGCAGCCACUCUGGUGUGUUCAGCAGUGGAGAGGGAGGGCCGUCCCGUCCUGGUGCACUGUUCAGACGGGUGGGAUCGCACACCCCAGAUUGUAGCGCUCGCCAAGAUCCUGUUGGACCCUUACUACAGAACAUUAGAGGGGUUCCAGGUGCUUGUAGAGACUGAGUGGCUGGACUACGGUCAUAAGUUUGGGGACCGCUGUGGUCACCAGGAGAACGCUGACGAUGUGAGCGAGCAGUGUCCCGUCUUCCUGCAGUGGUUGGACUGUGUUCACCAGCUGCUCAAACAGUUCCCCUGCCUGUUUGAGUUCAACGAGGCCUUCCUGGUCAAGUUAGUGCAGCAUACAUACUCAUGUCUUUACGGCACCUUCCUCUGUAACAACGCUCGAGAAAGGGAGGCAAGGAACAUCUACAAACGCACCUGCUCUGUGUGGUCUCUGCUCCGGAGUGGAAACAAGAACUUUCAGAACUUCCUCUACAUCCCCAGUCAUGAUAUGGUGCUGCAGCCGGUCUGCCACACUCGGGCAUUACAGCUGUGGACAUCUGUCUACCUGCCCACCUCGUCCCCCUGCACCGCUGUGGACGAUUCCAUGGAGCUCUACCUCCCCCCGGCUGUCACAGGAGAUGAACUCACCUCCCGCUCCCUAGACAGACUUCCCAAGACACGCUCCAUGGACAACCUGCUGUCAGCGUUAGAGAACGGGGUCCCUCUGACCCGCACGUCCAGCGACCCUAAUCUCAACAAGCACUGCCAGGAGGGUCGCUCUGCCCCCGAUCCCUCGCCAGCUGCAGAAGAAAACUCUGCAGACGUCUCUGAUGAGGCUGUACAUGAAAAUGGACUGGACACCUGUGAGGGCGAGCCUCCACAUCAGAGCCCUGCUAAGACCCCAGAGGAUGGUGCUGGUCCUGAGGGAUGUGAAGACACACCAGAAGAGACCUGUCUCACUACUCAGCCCCUCCCCUCUCUGCCCCUACCCUCUGUUCCCCUCAGUAAGGAUGUUGCACUCGACCACACUCCAUUCCCUGCUCCUGUACUCCAGCAGGCUCUUCCUCAGAUCACUAACCCUCCACUCCCACCGCCUCCUCCUGAGGCAGAGAGCCCCUGUAGGACUGCUGAGAGCCCCACAUCACCUUCUCAUAAAUCAGAGCCAUGCUUACCUCUCCCCUGUAAUGGCACACAGCCUGCUGUCCACGCCCCCACCCAGCUGCUUAACGGCCACUCUGAUGGCCUCCCAGAGUCUGCGGACCUGCUGGCUCUGAAGCAGCUCACGCCACUCCUUCGCAUGGAGGACUCCACUGAGACCCUCACAGACGAGGGAGAGCUUCCUCCCGUCCCGCCCCACUUAGAGAAACAGGCUCAAACUGAGGAUGAGGAGCCGCCUGAGCAACGGCUGCAGAGCGAGAAGCUUCAAAAAGAGAAAGAGGACAUGAGGACAGAUGUAUUGAAAGGACGGGAGCGUGCGUUAUCAGUAGACCCUGCCCAGGUAGCAGCUCGCCAUCUGAUCUCACAGAGCCAGCUCUCAGACUUGUCCUUGCUUGGCUCUCACUGGGAGAGCGUCCAGGGUCUGGUCCAGUCUGCCUGCAGUGCCCACUCCAGCAUGGGCCGAGCCUUGCAGAACAACACUUACCAGAGCAGGCGACUUGCCAGCAAGCUGCUCCGCUCGCAGGGUUUCUCCCUUGCCAAUGGCUCCCAGUGUUGCCGCAGAGAAGCUCUGUGUUGCCCCAGCAGCCCCCUGCAGCCUGCAUGGUUGUCUGCAGCCAGGACCACAGGCUACACUGGCCUGUGUGGGCCUGCCGCUGCUGCAGCUGCCCUCAACGGAUACUCGCUCGCAGGUCACCAGCUCCUUCCUGCAUCAUUCUCCUCUCCCUCAGCUUCCAGCUCCCCUCCCCCUCCUCAGGCUCCAUCUUACCUGGACGACGACGGGCUGCCGGUGCCCAUGGAUGCCGUGCAGCAGAGGCUGCGGCAGAUUGAGGCGGGCUACAAGCAGGAGGUGGAGGUGCUGAGGCAGCAGGUGAGACAGCUGCAGAUGAGACUGGAGAGUAAACAGUACGGCACCCCUCCUUCAGAGCCAGACAUUGACUACGAGGAUGACAUUACGUGUCUGCGGGAGUCAGACAACAGUAAUGAGGAGGACUCUCUGUCCACCCACAGUGAGGAUCGUCUGUCUGAGGGCAGCUGGGACCGAGUGGAGCCCAAAGACACAGAGGUCACAAGGUGGGUGCCUGACCACAUGGCCUCUCAUUGUUUCAACUGUGACUGUGAGUUCUGGAUAGCCAAGAGACGUCAUCACUGCAGGAACUGUGGCAACGUGUUCUGUAAAGACUGUUGUCACCUGAAGCUGCCCAUCCCCGACCAGCAGCUGUACGACCCUGUGCUGGUCUGCAACACCUGCCACGACCUGCUGCUGGAGUCCCGCACCCGGGAGAUCCGUAGCCAGCAGCUCAAGAAGGCCAUCGCCACCGCCUCCAGCUGAGAGGAGCGUCGAGCAGCUCGGCCCACCUUGGCUCUGUCCUGCUUUACGGACUGAUGAGCCGGGCGCCCUGUUGUGACCCUCUACCUGCUGUGGUUUUGGCUGCAGAGGGGGGUAAGGAGGCGGAGUUUUUACUCUUUCGGGAGGCUCGGUUUGGAGACGGAGACGCACUGUGAGAAAGUCGGAGAAGGGAGUGUCAGCGGGGGAUGAAACUCUUCUGCUCAGAGACAUUUUAAGCCUGGAGCGCUGCAGCGUCCUGCUGCCUCCACACGGCUCAGUCCUCUUGUCGGUGCCCUGUCCGAGACACAACUACCCCUGCAGAGUCACCCACCUUUAGCACCAAACACCCCCCCCCCUCCCCCCCACUGACACUGUCUCGCACCUCAGAGGACAAUCGCUCACCCUUUUGGCGUGUUGAGGACUCCGAAGGCUUCCCCUGUACUACUGGAGGCUUUCAACUUUAAAAGAAAAGAAAUUGCUGCUACAGUAUUUAAAAGUCUAAUUUUGUAUUCUUAUUUUGUGCACUACUAGCUGUCGUGUGUUUCGAGGGAAUCUGAGACCAAACUUGAGCAAAAAGGGAGAAAUCUGCUGUUUACUUUGUCAUCGCAUCUUUUUUCUUGGAGCCUGAAUGUAAAAUGUAAUAACGAGGGUUUAACUGGAUGGACUUUAUGUUCCUGUGCAUUUGAUUGGUCGUAUAUCUGUGUUCAUUGCUGCGAUGUGUUCUCAAACAGUUCUGUAUAUGCACAGUCAGUGUGGUUCCGUCUUUCUCGAUGCUUUCCUGCAGUAUAGCCAUGAUGCUACAUUCUGGGGGAUGUAUGUGGACAGAUGGAUGCGAUGCUGCGUGUUGUUUGUUUCGUGGGACGUGUGCUUGAUGUGUGAAGAGGAAGAGAAACCAAGCAUGCUGGGAGAUUUUCCGCAAAGUCUUCUAAUGGGAGAAAAUGUGAUUUGAAGGUUCUGUGGGAGGUUUUUUUUCUGCUGAGAAGUUUGUGAAUGAACAGCCUUUUGUCCACCUGACUGACGACUCGUCCUCAUAUUAAGACUGAACAACGUGAAUUUCUCGUUCUGUUUCGGGGUGUUUGGCCACAGUCCCCCCUUUAAAGAAAAAAAUCUGUGUUUGUGUCUGCUGGUUGUUCUUUGAGACAAUAGUGCCAUAUUUUGUUCUGUCUAUUUUUAAAGCCUUUUUCUUUCUUACAAAUGGCAGCAGGUUUCUAAUUGGCCACUUCUCUGUCUGUUUGGACGGUACAGAUAAUUAGCUGCUUAAUAACACUGAGAUGACUAAAGAUUUAACAGAUGGUUUGGUUUGAUAGUCAAAAUGGACGAUCAGACGUCACUAAAUUAGUCCAACUGUGUGUCUAAUAUUUGGGAUUUUUCACAUGGUCUUCAUAAAGUGGAAAUCUUUCAGAGGAAGUCAGACAUGUAACAUAUAUAGUUAUCUGAUCCGUAGUGGUGGCUAAAAAUCUGUCACUUAAUGAAUUAUUGUUGUAAAGAAAUGCACUGUAAAAGUUAAAUCCCAUGGGUUAAAAUAAAAGAUUAUAUCAUG